UCCUGAGAUCCACAGAUCCACACCCACACACACACACACACACACACACACUCUCUCUCUCUCUCUCUCUCUCUCUCUCUCUCUCUCUCUCUCUCUCUCUCUCUCUGUCUUUCUCUCAACACUUUCUCUCUCUAUCUAUCUCCCUCAAGAGAUUCACAGAAAUUAAGCCCUGCAACUCAGAUUUCAGACUAUACUCGGCCAACACAACACAAAGAUCAUUUUCCGAGAAGAGACAACAAACUGUUCCAGGUUGGGAUUCAAUAUUCAAUGGGAUCUAAUAUAAACAUCUCCGGUUCAUCAAAUCUUAAGUAUGAGAUAGUGAAAGAAAUUAUGAUCGAUAUAAAAACUGAACCGGAAGAUCCGAUGAUGAACGCAAGCAAGUGUAACAACAUCUACAGAGUCCCAUGCAAUCUUCGGAAGCUGAAUAAGGAUGCCUACACUCCUCAGUUGGUUUCAAUAGGACCACUUCACUAUGGUCGGAAAAAGCUAAGACCAAUGCAAACGCACAAACUUCACUACUUGAAUCUCUUCAUCGAGGAACGUCUCAAGGGCAAAAUCGAAGCGAUGGACAAGUUCAAGGACUUCCUUAAAGAAAAGGAACGAAAAAUACGCCAAUGCUAUGCAAAAAAGCUGUUCUGCGGGAAAAAGUUGGUGGACUUGGUACUACUGGAUUCUGUAUUCAUCAUGGAACUAUUUCUGAGGAUUCAGAGGAGAAGAAAAGAAGAGGGUGAUGAUAAUAAUGUUGAUGUACCAAAACAAACAUGUUUAUCAUGUUGCUGUACCGAAAUCGGAUGUGAUGGUAAUCAUGGUGCAGUAUCGAAACAAACAAGUUCAGAUGAUGAUGAUGUUAUACUGAAACAAACUUGGCUGAACAAGAGUAUCCAGAGAGACUUGCUUCUGCUUGAAAACCAGAUUCCAUUGUUCAUCUUGGAAGAGCUAUACAGCUCUGUUGUCCCUGAGACUGAUAAGCAGCGUGACAAAUUCAUUGAGGUCGCCUACGAUUACUUCGAGUGUUUUCAUCCUUAUGAAAAAAUCAAAGAUGAAAAACAAGAUUCAGAUCAUCCCAAUCCCUCAGGAAACAACAAUAAUUUAGAUUCUGAUUCGCAAAAGAAGCCCUCAUUCAGGUUUGAACGACUGAAGAAGAACUGGAGAAAUGAUCCUGCACAUUUCACUGAUUUGAUAAGGUACUUUUACCUUUCUAAGGAAGUGGCUAGUCCUGAAAAAGUGUCGUCCUCUUGUGUUUUGAGGACUGCAACCAAGUUGCGGGAAUCUGGAAUAAGCUUUGAGAAAGUCACUGAUCGAUCCUUAGUUGACAUAAAGUUGGAGAAAGUUAAAAUCUUGAGUUGGUUUCUGUGCUUGGGUUGUCUACCAAAAUCCUCGUACUUCAAAGCUCGUUUGCAAAUCCCACAGUUAAAAGUGGAUGACACAACAGAAUGUGUUCUAAGAAACCUCAUAGCCUUUGAGCAGUGUCACUAUUCGGAUCAACCUUACAUCUGCAACUAUGUCUCUCUCAUUGACUCUCUCAUUCACACCAAAGAUGAUGUUGAAUUGCUGGUUGAGAAGGAAGUCAUUGUCCAUGAACUUGGGAGUGACACGGAAGUGGCGACUCUGGUGAACAGUCUCUGCAAACAUGUUGUGGCGGACAAGACAUGCUAUAGAAAGAUUAUAGAUGAGAUGAAUAAACAAUACCAGAAUGAAUGGUAUCGUACUAUGGCUUCAUUGAGGUUGGUAUACUUCAAAGACGCUUGGAGAGCAAGUUCUACUUUGGUUGGAAUUGCUGUCCUUGUAUUCACAAUUUUCAACUUUUGCCGAGUUGUCAAAUUGGUCCUCGAGCUCGAUCAAAGGCGACCUAAUUGAUUAGUCGUGAUGUAGCAUGGCAUCUUUGAACUAAAAUGACAGUAUCAUGUGAUAAAUAACGUGAGAGGAUCUUCAUGGAGCCUUUUUCAACGAUUUCUUAGACGAGGUUGUCUUCUUGCUGGUGUUUUGUUCAGAGUUUGGUGAAUGAUAUGUAAUCUUAGUAAUAUAUAGUGGAUAUGUCUAAAUCUGAAUGAAAAAGUUCAGGAGUGCGUCUUCAAUAUCUGUUGUAUUAAUAAAGCAUUCAUGGUGCUAAGCUACUUUACUUCUGUGAGAUUUCUUAUUGACCUGGAUUCUAGUUGUCAAUGGUUAUGCUAGUAGUAUCAUCAUUAUGAGCAAGGAUAAGACAGUAUUUUAACAUUUUAUUUA